CCUGUUUUUGUUCUUGCAGGCCGACCUUUGGUAGAGGGGCAGGGAUAACAGGAAGAGGAGCGGGAUCGCUAGGGAGAGGGGCGGGGCUUAUGGGCCGGACUUUUGACGCUCGACAGAAGAUCGGCACCACUGAUGUCAGACAGAGGCUCGGAGGAAGUGGAGUGUUCCAGGUGAAGGAUGCGAGAGAGAAGCUGGGUCAGAACGAUGCCCGUUUUCGAAUUCAGGCCAGAGGGGGCGCUGUGAGUGCAGUGCAGGAUGCCAGACAGACCAUAAACUCUCGUAAACAGCAGCAGGUCCAAGAUUCUCCGUUACUAACCAACACUCAGUCCCCAAUCCCACACAUCCACAUCCAGAACAACACCAGCAGUACCGGAGUCAGGGCCUUCCCCACCAACCAGGGACUGGGUACCAGAGUGGGUGUGGCCAUACAGCCCAGAGGUGGGAUCACAAAAGUGGUGGAUGCACGUGAUAGGCUGAGUCUGAAGAGAAGCGUCUCAUCGUUGCCCAGCCAGGGAUCUGCAGCUCCGCUCAAGAUCACCAAAACUAUCCAGAGGCCAGUGGGUAUGACCAGUGGGAUUCGCAUCAAUGUUCCAAGUAGUGCAUCUCAGAGUGGUUCCAAUAAGGAGGAGGAAGCUGUGGUUCCAAAUAAACAGUUAAAGUUCACUACAACCAAUGACCUGGCACAGACAAGGGUUGGUGGCAGUUUCUCUGUCUCUACUCCAAUCACUAAAGUGGUUAAGAAUGACUCCUACCUGGCUCCGCCCCCUGCUGCCUCUGCUGCAGCUGCUGCAGUUACACCCACUCGCUCUAAUCCCCGCCCACCUACACAGACUUCUGAAAACUCCAACUCUCAACCUGCACAGCCUGUGUUCAGUCCACUGGAAGGAACCAAAAUCACAGUGAACAAUCUCCACCCACGUGUCACAGAGGAGGAUAUAGUGGAGCUGUUCUGUGUAUGUGGAGCACUGAAGCGAGCUCGGCUGGUAAAGGUCGGAGUAGCUGAAGUGGUGUUUGUGCGGAAAGAUGAUGCCAUUAAUGCGUACAGGAAAUACAACAACCGCUGUCUGGAUGGUCAGCCGAUGAAGUGUAACCUGCACAUCCAGGGUAGUGUCAUCACGUCAGAUCAGCCCAUCCUGUUGAGACUGAGUGACUCUCCCAAUAAGAAGGAGACGUCCUCCUCGGCUGCGUCCCGAUCCACACCUCGCUCCAGCUCAGCUGAAGUGGAUCCUCAGACCAUCCUGAAGGCUCUGUUUAAAUCGUCCAAUCAGAGCUCGGCCGCUACAGAGACUCCUCCCACUGCCGCACACUCUACAGCUUUCCGCAUAAAGAUCUAAAACACACUCGUUCUAAAUCCGUCUUCAUCCAUUUAAAAUUCACACACUCUUCCGUUGGUACGUGUUCAUUUGUGAGUGCUGCAUCCUGUAUGAUGAUCUGUACGAUGGCUCACAUCGUGUUUAGCCAGUUGGGUGACUAGAGACGGUGUCCCUCAGCUUUAUGAUGGAGAUCCUGGUCUUUUUACUGUAAGAACUCUAAGAACUUCUGCCCAUCACACGAAGCUUCGUUUCUUUCUAACAUUAGAGAGGUGUUGUGUUGGUGAGGGUAAGCUUGCCUGUAAUGCAGCUUCCAGAACACCACCCAUAAUCCACAGCUACACCCACAGAGAACAGGAUACACACUUAGCAAGAGGACACGUACCAUCCCCUCAUAUACACACGUACAUCGUCCUGACCAGUGUGUCUGAAACCAGAGCAGGUUCACUGUGUGUUUCUGUCUCAUGAGAACUGUUCUUUUGUUUUUAAAUCACACACACACACACACACACACACACACAGGAUCCUGAUGAUGUACAUGUUGUGUAUAAAGACAUGUUUAGAAGUGUUAUUUCUGUGUGAAAGGCGGUCCUGUCCCAAUCCUCUGUGUUCAGCUUUAUGUAGUGUACCUUUGCUGGUGUUGGUGAUUUGGGACACAGCAACCUCCCCACACCUUUCUUCAAGCCCACACACACACACACGGGGUGGGGCCUUGUGUACAUCUAUGUGUCUCUACUGGAUUUCUUCCUGCUUGUUUUUUUCUGCAGUAAACUUGCUUUAUAAUAAACUA